AGUACAUCAAGAAGGUUCAAAGAGCCAACAACACAAGGUUUCGAGUAUAAAAUGGCAAUUGUUGUAAGUAAAAAGUUGAACUUUACAAUUAAUUUGGUUGAAUCAAACUCGACCAAUCGGAACCUCAGUUAUACAAAGCGGUUACUUUAUAAGUUGCAGACAAGAGAUAUCGACAUGGCAAUCGGUGGUUGUACUCUCAACUAUGACUCUAUGGAAAUUGCGGAGUUUGGAACCUACAUAAUGCACGAACGGUUCAUUGCCGUGUUCAACAAGGAACAUACCAUGCUUCCAGAUAACUUGAGCGCAGUGUACAAUCAACUAACGUGCAGUCUGCUGAUGCUUAUGGUUGUUUUAUCUAUAAUCACUAUUGCGUUAGUAGUUAGAGCAGUUAUUAAGGUGUUCUCUCAAGAGAAAAUAAGCUAUUUCUCUUUGUUGUCAAUCCAAGACGCAGAUUAUGCAUUCCUGAAUAGCACGGCUUGUGGACCCAAGACCCCGUUUUGUAGGGUACUACAUAGCAAGAAUCAUCUGACACCGUAUGACAUAAAUCAGCCAUGUGAAGUUAUUAGAAGUCUAAUAAGCGAAAAGUAUUCGAUGAUUUUGGAAAAAUCUGAGUUGCUGUACUUAGUUAAGUCGAACUACUGUAAUUUUCCAAUGGGAUGGUACACCAAGCUCCGAUACAUACGAUUGAACAUAGGUGGUGGUUUCCAAACAUGGAUGUUCCAGAAAUCAGCUCCUUACACAAAGCAGUUGUCUAUUUUAAUUUUGAGACUCCAGCAGAGUGGGCUGAUCAAGUUUUGGAUUGAUGAGCAACGGCCAGCCCGAGAUGUUUUUGACGGCAAAGAGUCCAGUAUCAGGAAGGCUCUAACUAUGACACAGCUUCGACAUCCAUUUUGCAUACUACUAGUUGGAUACAUAAGUUCAGUUUUGAUAUUUUUAUGUGAGAAGUUUAUUUGUUGGUGUAAGAGAAGACAAACACCUUUGUUAUAG